AUGGCAUCGAUCUUGGCACGCGGCGCUCUGCGCGCAACUCGACUAUCUGCCACCCAUGGCAGCUUCGCCAGCCGACAGGCAUCCCCGAUCUUCAAGAGAUUUCUGAGCACCCCUGCAGAGCAGCCAAGGCUGCGUCUCGGUUCCGUCGCCCCCAACUUCCAAGCCCAAACCACUCACGGGGACAUCGACUUCCACAACUUCAUCGAAGGCAAAUGGACCAUCCUCUUCUCUCAUCCCGCAGAUUUCACUCCCGUCUGCACGACCGAGCUCGGGGCAUUCGCGAAGCUCAAGGAUGAGUUUAAAAAGCGCGAUGUCAAAAUGAUUGGUCUCUCCGCCAAUGGAUUAGACUCCCAUGCCGAAUGGGUCAAAGACAUCAACGAGCUCUCCUCCACUCAGCUGUCGUUUCCCAUCAUCGCGGAUGCGGAUCGCAAAGUCGCGUUUCUCUACGAUAUGGUUGAUCAGCGGGAUUUGGACGCUUCGGAAACGGGCAUCGUGUUCACGAUUCGCUCAGUGUUUAUCAUUGAUCCGAAUAAGAAGAUUCGCUUGACCAUGAUGUAUCCUGCUUCGACCGGACGCAACACCAGCGAGGUCUUGAGGGUCAUUGAUAGUCUGCAGACGGGUGACAAGAAGGGAGUCACCACUCCGAUCGACUGGCAAGUGGGAGACGAUGUCAUUGUCCCACCCAGUAUGAGCACUGCCGAUGCGAAGCAGAAGUUUGGGCAGGUCCGAGAGGUCAAACCGUAUCUGAGAUACACACAGAUCUAG